AUGGCUUCAUCUGUUCUUCAGCGCCUUGUGCGCUUUAUCCCAAGGUCUAGCCCUUCCAAGAUCCUUAUCGGUCAGCCAGCGGACAAAGACAUCGAUGUCGGUGCUGCUUUGCGCAAGGGUCAAGAGGUUGCUGUCAAUGUCUGGUCGGGCUCAUCGGUCCUGUCUCCUGGAUCAUCGACUGGCGCUACUGAGACCAUCGACCGUGUCUUGUCCCCUCUCGCACAGAGCGAGAUUGGUACCGUCCGAUGUGUUGGCUUGAAUUACAGAAAGCACGCCGCCGAGUUGGGACUUGAGCCCCCACCAAUCCCAGUUAUCUUCAUGAAGCCCGCCACAGCUAUCGUGGACCCCUGGCCAGCGCGCGGAAUCGUGCCCAAGCUGAGCCAGGUUGACGAGUCGGGAGACUACGAGGCAGAAUUAGCCGUCGUUAUCGGCAAGACGGCCAAGAACGUCUCUGAAUCUGAGGCUUUGGACUACGUUCUCGGAUACACUGCCGCCAACGAUGUUUCCAGCCGCACACAGCAGCUGAACCAGUCUCAAUGGUCCUUCUCCAAGAGCUUUGACGGAUCUUGUCCUAUAGGCCCUACACUUGCCCUCAAGUCUCUUAUCCCAGACCCCUCCAAGCUGUUCAUGCGAGGUCUUAAGAACGGUGAAGUGUACCAGGAGACCGGCACCGACGAUCUCAUCUUCUCUGUCCCCAAGAUCAUCAGCUGGCUGUCUCAGGGUACUACACUCCCUGCUGGAACGGUCAUCAUCACCGGUACUCCCGCAGGUGUCGGAAUGGGCCGAACUCCUAAGGAUGCAUUGAGACAUGGCGAUGAGUUUGCUGUUGAGAUUCUGCCUCACAUUGGAACACUCACUAAUGUCUUUGAACAUGAGAAGAAUGGCUUCUUAACAAAGCUAUAG